UUUACUUUCGUUGUAAGGUCAACAAACUAUUAAUAUUUUCCUUAUUUAUAUUUAAAAAGUAAAAUCACAUUUUUUGAUUAAAAAAAGCAGCAAUAAAAAUUUUUGUAUGGUGAUUUUAAGAAUAGAAAAUUUCAAAGAGCAAAAAAUGGUACUGGAUUACAAAAACUAACUCGUACAUAAAUCUGUAUAGUGAAAAUAGCAAUUUAUCUACAUAUGUAAGCAUAUUCUCAAAUAUUUAAUUUUAAUUGCAAAUGGAUUUCUAUCAGUCAUACGGAACACUAAGUUACUUGCGGAGCUAUUCGGAUCCAACAUAUAGCAUUGGAAUUUCAAAAGAUAGUUUAUUAAGACUACACAAUUCGAAUUUAGUACAAAAUACUAUUAGUAAUAAAAAAAGGAAUUAUAUUUGUAAGAAAUCAAAUAGUAGCAAAUAUAAUAAACGUGACAAUUGUAGUAAAAUGGCACCAAUUAGUGAAAAACAUUCUCCAACAAUAAAGGAAAAUGCAAAAGAAAAUAUUUCGGUAACAACAACGGGAAAAAAUCCAUCACAAAAUGGUCGUGGAAUUGGUCCAGAAAUUUUAGACUUCCGGGAAUCAUGGUUACAAGAUGUGGAAACAUAUAAGGACCAUAUUAAAAGUCCUCCAACUCUAUUAACAACUCAUAAUCAUUUGCAUACUGUAGAUGGAUGUUUGACAAGUGUUGCAAACAAGCCUACAGAAUCCUCUAAACGCAGAGCUCGCACUAAAAGUGAUUCAGAAAGUGAUGCGAGAUUAAAAAAUUUUCAUGAACCAGAAGAUGGGUUGGUUUUUAAACGUGCAAGAGAGGAUGACACUGAUAUUAUAAUUAACACAAAUAUAGAAAUGUUUAUCGAUAAAACUAAGAAAGAUUACAUGCCUUCACAAACUCCCCACUAUCAUUCCUUUAACUCGAAAAAUAUUGUAACACCAAUAAUAACAACAAAUAAUCAAAUAAUAAAUGGUUCAUCAUCAUAUAAUAAUACAAAACUGCAGCAAGGUAUUUCAAAUGAUACAUCCCAUUCUAAUUUUAUUAACCAUCAGCAUCAGCAUAAAAACCUUAAUCAUAUAAUAUCAAAUGGUCAGGCGAAUGAUAUUGGAAAUUUAGCUUCUUUGACGAAAAAUAUUAUUGUCAAUCCUUAUCAUCUAAGCUUACUUAAUACUCAGGAAUCGGACAAAAGCAAAAUUGUUAUUAACUCAAUAAAAAAUAACAAUAUUAUAUUGCAAAAUACUCAAAAUUGUAGCGGAAAAACUGAAAAUAAUGAAAAUUUAGCAGCAAGUAAUAAUGUUUUAGUAAAUAUUCCAUCACUAAAAUCUAAAUCUAUCCACAUAAAUGGGAAAUCUACAAGUUACAUUGAUAACAAUAAAAAUAAGAAUAUUGAUAAAGAAAGUGUUAAACGGCCAACAAUAAAUGGUGAAGUUAUUCGUUCUGUUGCCUCCACACAUACUUCUCAAAAUAAUAUUAGUACCUCUGUUCAAACAGGAAAUUGUGGGCGAAAUACAAGUGUUGCUAAAACAGAUUUCGCUAAUCAACAAGAAAAAAAAAAUAUCAAAAACAAAACUAUACCAUCUUUUAAUGCCGAUGUUCAAGUUAACACAUUAGAAAAUGUUGAUGAUGAUGAUAACGAUAGUUAUUAUGAUGAUGAUGAGUUUUUAGGUGUUAUUGAUACUGCUGAAGAUGUGGAUUCAACUGAUGAUUCAGAUGAUGAAUAUAUCGGAUGCACAUAUUAUUUAAAUCCUGAAGAAGAGCAAUUUAAUAAAUUAUUAGAGAGCAAAAGUCCAAUAAAAUUAUUUGAAAAGAGAAAUAAUUCCGCCGAAUCUAUUAACACCCUGUUAAAUGCAAAAGAUAAAAUUGAAUCAGAAUGCGUAGUUAAAACAGAAAAUAACGUAAUUAACAGCAGUGCAGAUGCGACCCUACAUUUAUCAGAAUCAUCUCCUCAUAUUCCAACGCCAUCUGAAUAUUAUACACCAAAUUCUAUAUUAACUCCGAGUUUAUUUCCCUUAGUACCUCCUUAUUUAACAUUCUCAUCACAUAUUGAAAAAGGACCUCCAGUUCUUCCCGAACUUCAAAGAGUUUUAAAGUGGCGUUUCAGUAUAGUAAUGCCGAAAGUGGUGCGCAGAGUGGUUGCAAAUUCAGGGUUUCGUUUAAUAAAAAAAACCAAUGAUUGGAUGGCAUCUUGGGAAAAACAUAUGAAAAGUCCUUGUUUUAAAGCUAUAAAAUCACAUCAAAAAUAUAAUCAUCUGCCAGGAACAUUUAAGAUAGGUCGCAAAGACAGCGUCUGGCGCAAUAUUAAACAUUUUAUUACAAAAUUCGGAAAAAAGGAGUUUGGAUUCAUGCAAAAGUCCUUUGUCUUGCCACAAGACUUAGAAGCUCUAAAAAAAUCAUGGCCUAAGCAUGCUAAAAAGGGAACAAAAUGGAUUAUCAAACCUCCAGCUAGUGCAAGAGGAUCUGGUAUUAAAGUUGUUAGUCGAUGGACUGAUUUCCCUAAACAAAAACCUCUUAUUGUACAAAAAUAUAUUGAACGCCCUCUUUUAAUAAACGGAAAUAAAUUUGAUUUAAGAUUAUAUAUAAUUAUAACUUCAAUAAAUCCCUUAAGGGUUUUUAUGCAUACAGAUGGUUUAGCUCGUUUUGCUUCAGUGCAAUACCGAGACGACAUUCAUUCAUUAAAAGACAGAUGCAUGCACUUAACCAAUUAUAGUAUUAACAAAUUUUCAACACAUUAUGCUAAAAACGAAGAUCACAAUGCUUGCCAAGGUCAUAAAUGGACGUUAAAAUCCUUGUGGAAUUAUUUUCUAGAACGUGGAAUUAAUACAACAAAAUUAUGGGGGGCAUUAAGAAACUUAGUUAUUAAAACUGUAAUAGGCGGUGAAGGCUGCCUAAAUCGCAUGUUUAAGGCCAAUGUAAAUAGCCGCUAUAACUGUUAUGAAUUAUUUGGUUUUGAUGUGCUACUUGAUGAAAAUUUAAUACCUUGGCUUUUGGAGGUCAAUAUUUCGCCAUCAUUGCAUUCAGAUUUGCCUUUAGAUCAACAUGUUAAGGGUCCAUUGAUCCAAGCAGUUUUAAAUAGUGUUUUAUAUCAGGUACCUCCAAAACUCUCACAGCAACACGAAAAAUUAAUUAAAGCGGAAUACAAUAUAAACGGUCCACUCUGUUAUGAUUUACGAAUUUUUACAACUUGUUUGUCUCAAGAUGAAGUUAGAAAGCAUAAUCAAUACACUAACAGAGAAAUUGAGUACAGAGAUGAAUAUUUAGAUACAAUACUUGAUGAUUUAACCCCUGAUGAUGUACGGUGUUUAAUAAUUACAGAAGAUGAAUUAGCUCGAAGCAAACCAUUGGAAAGAAUAUUUCCUAGUGAAAAUUCAUACGAAUUUUUAAAGUACCUUGAGGGACCAAGAUAUUAUAAUCGAUUGUUAGAUGCUUGGGUAACCAAAUUCAGUGGUGAUAAAAAGAAACAGGGAUUACAGCUUCUGAUAGAUCUGUGUAAAAAAGGAUAUCAUUUACAAGUUCCUGACACAGCUUUGAAAAAAGAACCAUCAACUGAUGUUGACGUGUUUGAGUUAAAUGUUCUUUAUAAGGCCCAAAUAAAAAAUUCAAUAAAAACUAGUUCUCCAACAACGGUUUCAGAAAGCAAUGAAAAAAAGGAUGAAUUAACAACUGCUGACAUUGUUUUCAAGGAGGAAGCCAAACUAAUAAAUAAUGAACAUAUAAACGGCUCAGUCUCAAUUGAAAAUGUUUGAGAAGGAAUAUGCAUGAAAAAACAUAAAUAAUUUUAACAAAAACUCCCAAUAUCAAAAGAUUAAGAUUUAAAAGUGUUAUUUGUAAUUAUAAUUCCAGUGAAAUAUUUUGUGUGACUCUCUGGAAAGACUGAUGUUCAUUUAAAAUAUGAAGAAAUUAACAAAAUAAAGAUACAUAAACCUCAAUUAAUAUGAAUAUUAUUCAAUUAGUUGACUU